ACUUGCAAGUCGGAGCAGAAGAGGCCCGGAUAUCCCUCCAGCGGGUCCAAAGCUGACACAAAAACACGGAAUCACUCCCUAUCCACAGCUCCAAAUAUAGUCUUUCAGUUUUCUGCUAUUGAUUUGCUGCUGACCAGACUUUGGCUCUACAUUCAGCGUCUCCAUUUCUAUGGCUAUAUCCAACGCUUUCUUCAAUAUCGCCUACACUCCGCCGCGAUCUGCAUUUUUCAACACGGAUUAUGCCGCCGGUCCGCGAUUCACGCUAUACAAGCUUUGCUCCACGCUUCACCGCAGAACUUUGCGCGCCGGAACAACCACAUUUCAUCCUAAAAUGGUUUCUGUUUCUUUCACUGUUCAUGGUGUGGAUUCAUCGAGCUUUUCACUGGAAUUGGAGCAGGAAGAGUCUCUUGAUGUUCCAACACCAAUUGUUCAGAUAGUCCAAGACCCUGAAAGUGAUGAAACACGUGUGGAACUUAGUUUUGGAGAUCGUCUUGGUGCCCUUAUUGAUACGAUGAAGGCACUAAACGAUUUAGGUUUGGAUGUUAAGAAAGGCACUGUUACUACGGAGGGCUCGGUGAAAAGCACAAAAUUUAUCAUUACACACCAAGCAACUGGGCGAAAAGUUGAAGACCCUGAUUUGCUAGAAAGAAUUCGCUUGACCAUCAUCAACAACCUUAUCAAGUACCAUCCAGAGUCUAGCCAAUGGCUUGCGAUGGGUGAGGUUUUUGGAAUAAAAGCACCGGAAAAGAAGCCUGACAUUGAUGUUGCCACUCACAUACAUGUUGAGAACGAAGGGACUAAGAGGAGCAUGCUUUAUGUUGAAACUGCUGAUCGGUCUGGGCUGCUGAUGGAAAUAAUCAAGAUUAUGGCUGACAUUAAUGUUGAUGUUGAAUCGGCAGAAAUUGAUACAGAGGGGCUUAUAGCCAAAGACAAGUUUUAUGUCAGUUAUAGAGGGGCAGCCUUAAACAAUUCCUUGUCACAGGUGCUGCUAAAUUGCCUGAGGUACUACCUUCGAAGACCUGAAACGGAUGAAGACAGCUAUUAGGCAGAAACAGGACGAAGACAUCUAUUAAUCAUUAGAGAGAUAUGUGCAGUAAUUAAACAAUCUAUCUACCAAUCUCAGCAUAGACUUGAUAGUCAACUUUAUUUUGCUUUAUUUGACUGUGCAUUACAAAAAAUGAAACAAACAAAAGGAUUAACUCUACAACUUUAGAUGUGUGCAACUCGUAAAGUUGACUGAAAGUAGGAACUAGGGAUGGACCUGGCCUGGUUCCGGCCUCCGGUCCAAAU